CCCUAGAAAUGACUUCAGACCUCAUCCCUCGUCAGCAUGAAAUUCAACAACGCUUUCACCGCGCUUGCAUCUCUUGCAAUGGCUGCUCCAGUCUGUUUCCAGGGAAUGGGUAAUGCCAAUGGAAACGCCAAGAACAGUCUCUCCUACAAGGGAACAAUUACUGUAACCAACCUGGCUCCAGACCUUGAAACGUGUAACACACCGGUGUGGAUUGGAAUCCACGGACCUUUGAUCUUUACGACCGUGGUGAACCAGCUUAAGACGGCAGACGGCAAUGCAGGACCAUUGAAUUCUGCCUUUGAUGCCGCUGACGGAGCCGUCGAUCGAGCAGUGAUGAAGAAUUUCCCGCCAACACGGCCCCUCGGCCGGAUGGCUGCUGGCACUGGCUGGAAUUGCGGAGAAAUGUGUUGUGACAUCCCACCCUGGUAA